UCCUCCUCUUCUGCUUCCUCCUGCUCCUCAUCAUCAUCCUCAUCAUCAUCCUUAUUCUCCUCCUCAUCAUCAUCAUUGUUAUCAUCGUCAUUAUUCUCCUCCUUCUCGUUAUCAUCAUCAUUAUUCUCCUCCUCUUCCACCUCCUCUUUAUCAUCAUCGUCAUCAUCAUCCUUAUUCUCCUCAUCCUCAUCAUCACUAUCGUCGUCAUUAUUCUCCUCCUUCUCAUUAUCAUCAUCAUUAUUCUCCUCCUCUUCCUCCUCCUCCUUAUCAUCAUCGUUAUCAUCAUCAUUAUUCUCCUCCUCCUUCUCAUUAUCAUCAUCAUUAUUCUUCUCCUCCUUCUCAUUAUCAUCAUCCUUAUUCUCCUCAUCCUCAUCAUCAUUAUCGUCGUCAUUAUUCUCUUCCUUCUCAUUAUCAUCAUCAUUAUUCUCCUCCUCUUCCUCCUCCUCCUUAUCAUCAUCGUCAUCAUCAUCAUUAUUCUCCUCCUCCUUCUCAUUAUCAUCAUCAUUAUUCUCCUCUUCCUCCUCCUCCUCCUCCUUAUCAACAUCAUUAUUCUCCUCAUCAUCAUCAUCAUUACCUACCACUAUAUCUCUUGUGAAAUGGUGA